AUCCAUCUAUGUGUGUGCGUGAGAGUGCGUGAGAGUGUGUGUGUUGUGAGCGUGCCAAUUAACUCUUGCUUCAUUCAUGUUCCCGUGCGCUGACAGAGCUCACAAGCUAGCCGUUAGCUAGCUAGCAAUGUAGGACAAAAUGUUUUAUUUUACGCCAGCCGAGAAGAUGCCGUGAGGGCCAAAUAAUUGUAUUCGUGAUAGGGUAUCGUUUUUGGGGCGAUUCAGGUAAUAGCGGGACAAUCUUUGUCCGAUUUAAUGACUACGGUUCCCGGCCCUUGGAGCACCAGCGCUCGAACAAGAGAGCAUCCGAGCACCGUUUGCGUGUAUGAUGCGGGGACCUCAGUAUUUGAAAACACCUGAAGGUCAAGAAUAAAGUGAAAGAAGGUGUCUCCUUAGAUCUGCCCACGCCAGGCUGGUCACUCAGCUGUUCUCCUCAGCACAUUGUUGUUCCUGCCUUCAAGUCCUCUGCCACGACGCAUUGACCAAGAACCCUUUUCAGUUCUUUGGUUCCAGUAGCUGAAAUGGAUUGGGCCGCGCCAGCUGCCAAGCUGAAUCCUUACAGCCGAGCACGUAUGACAGAGGCCUGGCAGCAGCACACUGUCGCUCCACCUCCUGUCGUCCACACCAUCCCACCUGGAGCUGAGAAUGCACUGGGCUGUGCUGUGUAUGGUAUUGUACUGCAGCCAGAUGCUACGUCUCUACAACAGCAACAGGCACAGCAUGGACAGCACAGCCAUCAGCAGCAUGGAAGUGGGCAACACAGCCAUCAACAGCACCCCACCCAGUCCCAGCAGACCUCCCUGCAGGUGGGAGCAGAGGGAGGACAUAAGUGUGGGGCUUGUGGACAUGAUAUCUCUCAUUUAGCCAACCCACAUGAGCACCAGUGCAUGGUGAAUCAGGAUAGGUCUUUUCAGUGCACUCAGUGCAUGAAGAUUUUCCAUCAGGCAACAGACUUAUUAGAACACCAGUGUGUUCAGGUGGAGCAGAAGCCAUUUGUUUGUGGGGUGUGCAAGAUGGGCUUCUCGCUUCUCACCUCAUUAGCCCAGCACCACACGUCGCAUAACAGCACCAACCCAAUGAAAUGUUCAAUAUGUGAAAAGACCUACCGACCUGGCUCCUCUGGCAGUACCACACCGAACUCAACCUCUCAGCAGACCAGCAGUGAUGGGGCGUCAGCGAGCAGCAGCUCGUCCAUUCUACCUUUUCCCUCAGCCAGAGACCGGCCGUAUAAAUGCCCUGUCUGCCAGAAAGGCUUCAAACACCUGUCGGAGCUCACGCGUCACGAGCGGGUGCACACCGGAGAGAAACCCUUCAAAUGUGACACUUGUGACAAAGCCUUCAGCCAGUCGUCUCAUCUACAGCACCAUCAGCGAACCCACAGCAACGAACGCCCUUUUAAGUGUGCUGUAUGUGAAAAGAGUUUUAAGCAUCGCUCCCACCUUGUGCGCCACAUGUACGUGCAUUCUGGUGAGCACCUGUUCAAAUGCAACCUAUGUGAGUUGCAUUUCAAAGAGUCAUCCGAGCUCCUCCACCAUCCUUGCCACCCGCAGGGUUCUCGCCCGUUUCGCUGUGCCACAUGCGGGAAAGGUUUUAAGAGGCCCUCCGACCUUCGGCAGCAUGAACGCACGCACUCUGAGGAGCGUCCCUUCCACUGUGACGAGUGUCAGAUGAGCUUCAAGCAGCAGUAUGCACUGAUACGCCACAGACGCACACACAAAGACCCCACAGACCGGCCGUUUAAGUGUAACCUGUGUGACAAGGGCUUCAUGCAGCCCUCUCACCUCCUCUACCACCAGCACGUCCACGGCUUGGACAACUUGUUUAAGUGCGCCUCAUGCCAGAAGGAGUUCAGCCAGUCAGGAGAGCUGCUCAGGCACAAGUGUGGCGAGCCCUCCAACACGUCCCCUGACAAGCCGUAUAAGUGUGACGUUUGCGGCAAAGGCUACAAGAAGAGUUCCACGUUACAGCGCCAUCAAAACUCUCACUGCCAGGAGAAGCCCCUUAAGUGCUCACUGUGUGACCGUCGCUUCCUCUCCUCUUCGGAAUUUGUCCAGCACCGCUGUGACCCAUCUCGGGAGAAGCCGCUGAAGUGUCCCGACUGCGAGAAACGGUUUAAAUACUCAUCGGACCUGAACAGACAUCGACGCGUACACACGGGGGAGAAGCCCUACAAAUGCGGCCACUGCAACAAGGGCUUCAAGCAGCGCGAGCACCUCACCAAACACCAGAGCACGCACUCCAGAGAGGGACAGUUUAAGUGUGUGUGGUGUGGGGAGCGCUUCAGUGACUUAGGCUCUUUGCAGGACCACACGGUGCAGCACACGGCUGAUGGAGGCGGUUACCCAGUCCCCCAGUGCUUAUAAAGACAUUUGUCCAUGAGCAGACGGUCACAUAAACAGCUUUUCCCGUUGUAUUUUUCUCUGUGGGCUGUUGAUUCGGCCAAACAAUCAGCACAUUUGCACAACAGUGCAAUUACACUCAUUCCAUCAGUGCUACAGCAGGUCUUUCAUGUGUUGCUAACCAGCCUGAAACUCAACAUCAUCCCAACUGCUCCGUGCCCUGAAACAUAGAGGACUGUUUUGUCCCUUUUUAAAAGUUCUUUAUUUUCUUAAACUCAAGCAGUGAAAAGGCCACUUAACUCCCAUUAACCAUCCUUUUAAUAACUUAAAUAACUUUAUCUUUAAUAACUUGGUCUUCAGACCAAUGCAUUUGUUUAUCCCCACACAGGAAAUCUAAAAACAUCCACUGCUCUGGAUUAUAUUGUUCACUCUAUAUAUGGAAGGAGACAGCGAGAGGGUAGACUGGGGCUUAAUUGUUUUAUAAUAGAAGGGUUGUGAUUAUUAAAACCUGUGAGAUGAUGCCUGGAUUUAUGGAUUUUCCAUUUUGUAGCAAACACAAGCCUAAAGCUGCACCUGAUGCCAAAGGUGCGUAGUCUGACCAGCCACCUGUUCCCCAACAAUAAUAUCCUUAAUGGCUACUACAAACGCCCCCCUCCAACAUGGGCAUAUAUACAAAUACAUAUACUUCACACCAAUGAACUUGUCUUCUUCCUGCAGAGGUCAGUGCUGUUAGACUAAACAAAACUAAACAGCCUGUACAUACUAUGAAUGUGAGUCUAGUGCUGGAUGAGUUCUCACAACUUGUCUGUCUUUAAAAGAAAAUGUACUGAAGAACUGUUUUUGUAUUCUUGCUACUUUUUACCAUGUAAAACGUUUUAACAAAUGCUAUUUUGUGGUUUUUUUGUAGUCCAUAUAGUGAUUGUAAUGGUAUGUUGCAGGGAUUCUCAAAGCACUGUGUGUGAGAGUGUGUGUGUGUGAGAGAGAGAGCUCUGUCAGAAAGGCACAGAUUUGUAUUAGAAGUGUUUAAACAGAUGUGCGCCUUGAUUUGUUUAAUUUACUAACGCAGUUGUUUGUCGGGGAGAAUUAUUAUUUCUGCAGCUGGUGUGAAACCUUCACCUCGCCCUGAGCUUGUGUCUGAAGGUAGUUUAACGAGCUGAUCGCUAUGAAGUUGAUGAAGUCUGGAACCACCAGUUGAUCCUUCGUCUGUAGUUAAAUCCUGGUUUGAGUGCAGUAUUUAUUACAGACAGAUUCGGCCACAUCAAUGGAAGCUUUGAAGUUCUGCUAAACCUUUGUUGGGCCUUAUGGUGGCGCCGCAGCGCUCCUCUGCCUUCUUUUCCUCCUCCGCUUUCUGCUUGUAACCAUGCGAGGUCAAAUAUAUGCUAGUUGGUUUCACGAGCUGCCAUGUUUUUGCUUUCUAAAUCUGGCAUCUGGACUUUGGCAAGACUUUAUUAUUACAAUAACUGAAAUUGAAUAAGUACUGUAUUUUUGUUAUUGUUUUACAUUUGUUUAUAUUGUUUUUUUACUGAUUUUUAAAAUUGCAAUGACUAUAGUUUUGGAGGGAGAGAACCAGGGCCUAUGUUUUUUUGAAACAUCUGUAAAACUUGUAUUAAAAUUGUGUCCAGUUGAUGCUGAGGCCAGAUCAUAGGUUUUUCAGGUGGUUGUGUAAAGUCUGAACAACCACAACACAAACGCUGUUCACAUUUGCCAAGAAGCGACUUGUUAAUUGGUGCUGACACAUCAUCAGAUGUUGAUAAUGAAAAUAGACACUGCAGGAUGAGGACCUCACAUACUGCUGAGUGCUGACAGUAGACUUAACAUUUGUAGUAGUAAUAAUAAUAAUAAUAAUAAUAAUAAUAAUAAUACAAGUGUGCGUUGAAAGCCAAAGAAUAAUUCCAGCCCAGCGUUUGCUCUUAGUAUUAAUGAGUGUGACUGUCUGUCCUGUGUAUUACUGAGUACUCUGGCAGUAACCAACCAAUGCAAUGUGAAAUCCUGCAUUUUGUCGUCACAUGCUUGUUGGUUCUGGAUUAGGUCCAUCACAUUUCAACAAGCAAUCAGGGAAAGCUGAGAUCUGUACAAGCACAAAUCAAAGAAACCUACCAUUCUAUAUAAAGUGAAGAAAUGAAGCUGGCCACUUUAUCUUGAUUUUGGUUUCUGCUCAGUUCCAGAGAAUGAACUCAUCAGACCCUGGCGUCUCUCGCUCUCUGCAUGCUUUGCUAUGUUAGUUCCUGUGUUCUGUCCCUGGGAACUGGUGCCCACCCACCUCACUCUCCUCCCUUUACAGCACUGUUCCCUCCUAUAGCUUUUUCAAAUUGUAUCGUAGUUUAUGUGAAAGAUGUGGAAAAAAACAAUUGUUGAAAAGGGAAAAAAAAACUUUGUGGCGACGUACCGUUUGUGUACAUUCAUGCUAAGAUUAUCUGUAUGUAUGUAGCAUUCAAUUACACACAGCACUAACAAAUAAAACUUUUUUUUAUUUGUAACA